AUGGCUAUUGCCGUAGUCUAUAUGACAACAGAAUUUAACUUUACAUCAACUAUUCAAGGUGUUAUACUGUCAUCAUUUUUUUUGGGAUAUCUAACAACACAAGUUUUUGGUGGUGCACUUGCCGAUAAAUAUGGUGGAAAAUGGGUAUUAAGUGUUUCUGCCGCAACAUGGACACUAUUUACCUUUCUUACACCGAUUUCCGCUAAGAUUGGUUUAGGAUAUCUCAUAAUAUGUCGAGUACUUUUGGGUAUUGGUGAAGGUGCAUGUUUUCCGUCCGUAAACGCCUUGAUUGCAAAAUGGUUUCCAAAAGAAGAGGGCAGUAAAGCGGUUUCAACCACAGUAUGGAAUGUGGUUGCUUUGAUGAUAUCAACUUGGUUAGGAUCAGGCCCUUUGGGAUGGCCUAGUAUUUUUUGGACGUUUGGAACAGCAGGAUUUAUUGCUAUUGAAUCAACGACAAGUGAGAAUGAUAAUGCAAUCUCUGAUGUACCAUUAGCAAAUUUUAUAGUUGAAGAAGAUAAUAAUUUUAUAGUUGAAGAAGAUAAUACUUUUGAAGCUGAAGCUGAUGUACUAUUGCCGAAAAAUUUGAUAAUGUCAAAUCCGAAAGAAGUUCCAUGGAUAUUCCUUCUUUCUCGGCGUGAAGUGUGGGCUAUACUCAUUACACAAUUUUGCAACUCAUUUGUACUUCCUUAUGCCACACAAGGAAUCACCGGCAUUAUCGCUGGGGUUAUUUGUGAUUACGCAAUUAAUAAAUUGAAGAUUCAUGUAAAAACCGUACGGAGAGGAGCUCAAAUAAUUGGUGCAGUUGGAACAUCGACAUUUCUUUUAUGUACAGCAUAUUUAGCACAAACACCUUUGCAAGGAAUAAUUUUAAUAUCAAUUGGCACUGCAUUAAAUUCAUUUUUUAGUUGUAGUGUACACGUGUCUCAGUUGGACAUAGCUCCAAAAUACGCUGGUGCGAUUUAUGGGUUGGGAAAUACAUGUGCUGGAAUUCCGGCUGUAUUAGGAGUGGCAUUCACUGGAUGGAUACUAGAUAUUACGAACAGAAAUUGGAAUAUUAUUUGGAUUUUGGUUACUGCUUUUUAUUCUAUUGGUUCCAUAUUUUUUGUUAACUGGGUUGGUCAUAAAGUUAUAACCGCGAACGUUAAGGGAAAACCUACAUAUUUGAUUCACUUUCACCUUAUCGGAUUUGGCCCUGCAAAAUUGAAUAAAUGUAAUCAAAUACGCGUAAAAUUAAUUGUUUUAGUCGUUUCAGUGUGCUUGUUAACCGUUCUAGUCGCUUUGAUGUGCUUUGGCCAUCAAUUCAUACAUAAUAUUUUUACAGAUAAAUGA